GAGUAUCUACUCCAUUGGUUUUUUUUCAAGGACCCUGGAAAAGGCGCGCAGUUCAAAACCGACAAAAAAUCUUUGUUGAUCGAUCGAUCCCAAUUGUGUGUCAAAAAGAUCAGCGUGUCUCAUUCUUCCAUGCAACAUACAGUAAAUAGGCAAAGAUUGAAGAUGGCAUCAAGUCCUGACCAACUGUUAGCUGAUCUUCACUCAGCAUUGCAGUCUGAAGAUAAAUACACUCCACACAUUGAGUAUCUACAGUUCUCUGAAAAGAAAUCAGGAGAAGUGACGGUAGCACUGUAUAACAAUGUAGUCGACAGACUCCGGUGUUUGAACCUCUUUUAUAAACUCUCUCCUGAAACAUUUUUCCAGGCUGUGAACAUUAUGGGAAGGUUUUUAUCAAUUGUGAAGGCCCGGUCUCAUCACAUUAUGUGUGUUGGUACUUGUUGCUUCUACAUGGCAGUUAAAACUAUUGAGCAACCUAAGAAUCAUAUGUGCGCCAAACACUUACUCCGCAUCAGCCAGUGCGGGGCAUCUUUAAGUGAUCUAUCCCGAAUGGAACGCAUUAUCCUGGAAAAGCUUCAUUAUGACAUCCAAGGAACCACAGCCAACACUUUCUUGCAAAUUUUCCAUUCAUUUUGUAAAGCAAAAAAUGCAUUGAAUAUCUUGAAGAGUACAUGGCAAGAGUUUUUGGAGCGAGUUACUAGGAAGCUGGAGGCUAGUAUGUGCCAUUUUGCAUUUGUUCAUUACAAGUCAUCAGUAAAAGCAUUGUCAUUGUUGACGUAUGAGUUAGCUGACUUUGCCCGUAUACAUAGCAAAUCAAAUGAGAGAGAAUGGGCAAGAUGUCUACUAGCUCUUCAGCUUCAUACUCGAAUGUCAGACUGUGAGUUACUUCAAUGCAAAUCUUUAAUGAGAGAAUUCUUGGAUAUUUAUGCAUCAUCCGAAUGCAAGCGCCCUCAUAGUAAGCUAUCGUGGACUGUGUCAAUGCGGACUGCAAAGCAAAUACGUAUGAGCUGUAUGACAGCGUGCCGUCUUCCAUCCAUACCUGAAAAUGAGGCGCCGCUCUUAAGGACAUCCGAUGCAGAGUCCCUCAUCACAGACAGUUCAUCAGACGAUAACUCAGAGUGUACGAGUCCUCCUACAGAUGAUGUCUUCACUAACGAGUCUUCAUCUCUUGAGUCUUGCCCAGAAAGUAGAAGUGCAUUCUUAUUUCCUUGGAAAGGCAACACCAUUUGUCCACUAUGAUCUUUGAUGGCAACGCAAGUGCUAUACAGUAUUCACCAUUAGAUACUUUAACACAAUAGGACUCAACUCCUUAGCAAUGGACAUGUAAAGUUUGGUUUCCAUAGAUUUGCUCACCGACAGUUGCCAGGAAGGUUGAAUCUGGUUAAACUUUGCCGAUUGUCUUGCAGACGAAUCAGGGUGCUUUCCCGAUUGCGUCAGGGCAGCUAGCAAUGCACCCCGAUUAGUUCAACCUCUGUUGACUGUCGCUGAUAAGGUGAGCGAUUCUAUGGAAACCUAUGAUCACUAAUGGAAAUGGUAUUUUCAAACUAUGGUCUUUGAAGGCAGGAUUAAACCUGCUUUAAAUUGGGUUUAUUAUCUCUUGCCAAAGUUUGUUGCAAGGUUGUUUUUAAAAGAAAGAUUGUAAUAAAAUCAAAUGUUACUGUUAUAUUUUUAAAAGGAAUAAUUUUGUCAAUCAGUAAAACUACUUCAGUCUGUAAAUGUGUACAGUCCUCAGCACUGCUGCCAGAAAAAUGUUUUUAAAUUAAAUUACUAAAUUUUAUUUAAUAGUUUGAUAUUGUGAAUUGUGUGUGAAAUAGUAAUAUUAAAAUUCUAAUAACUGGUAAGGAUUUUAAAAUUUUCAAGAUAGGUUAUAUUUUUUUAACUUUAUUGUAGUCUACCUGUUCUUAGACUGUUAAAUCAUUCUUUAGAUGUGUAAUUUAAUGUGCAUCAAUUACUUUUUGAGCAGAUUAUUUCAGUAAUUCCAACAAAUUAUUUGCAAAUACAGUAAUGUGUCUUAUCACUACAGUAUUUAAAUGUAAUUUAUAGAUUUUAUAACUUUAGCCAAGGCAAGUGCACAGAAGAAUUCGCAUCUCCAGACAUCAGUACAAAGGUUUUUCUUGUAGCCAGAGAUAAGAUCAAGAGCUGGAAGAUUGUGCUAUGUACAUCCUGUUAAAUUGCCUUGUUUUAACAACUCCAAUGCACACCAUAUUCUGGUUGGAACAUUAAAUGAUUUAAUCAAAAUAUUAUUCAUUAAGAACUAUAUUUUAUUAUAGACGUACUGUAAUACAGUAGUUUUUUUUUACUAAGUAUAGUACUGUUUUAUAUUGUCAUCAGAAAUU